AUGGAUAACAGUUUUUCUGUCCUCAGUCUUGGAAGUGCUGAUCCGGAGUCGACUCUAAACGUUGAUUUUGGGAGACUGAACCCAUUGUUCACUCGCAUCAAAGAGCUCGAUCAAGAAUAUCAUACAUCUGGUAAUGUGGAAAGCCUAGAAGCAGCAAUUGAAAAGUCAUGGGAAGCUGUCAACUCAGCUCACGAUGACAAGCCUGGAAUCCGUACCAGCUGCUUAUUAUAUCUCUCUUAUCUGCUCAAGGACAGGUAUACAGCGACAAACAACAUUGAGGAUCUCGACAAGUCCAUUGACCUAGCAGGAGAGGCAAAUGGAAUCGCCAACGCGCUCGAGGAAGUCCAUCCCCAACACCCCCUCGUCCUCAAGGCGCUUCGUGCCCGUCUCACAGACCGCUAUGCUUUGACAGGGUCAGAGUCUGAUCUUGAUAGAGCCGUUGAUACGGCUCGCCAGUCGAUCGACAUCACCAACGAUGGCGCAUCGGAUGUAUCAAAUCAAUAUGGCGAUCUAUCAGCCCUGCUUGGGAGAAGGUAUCUCGCCACUGGUACUGUGGAGAAUGUUGAUGAAGCUAUUUCCAUGGGCUGGAAAGCUAUAGAGGGAGAGGUAACUGACAACAAAUCCAUGCGACUACACCUGCUAGCGCACAUUGGCAGUUUACUGGGGCACAAAUCACUCAGAACAGGCUCGCUGGCUGAUAUGGACGAAGGUGUUCGAUUGGCUCGGCAGGCAGUUGAGGAGGCUUCAGAAGAGGAACCAGCCUUGGCAGAUUCACUAAACUCACUGGCGACACUCUUGGGGCAGCGAUAUUCCUUGACGAGUGCCUUGAUAGACAUUGACGAAGCCAUCGAUUUGGCCAGAAGAAGUUUAAAGUUACCAAGCUAUAACUCGACGAUGCUAGCUACGAGUUUAGGAAAUCUCGCUGUUCUUCUGCAGCUGAGAUAUCAAAGAUCCCGUGAGCUGUCCGACCUUGAAGAAUCGACUCAGCUAUCGCAGCAGGCUUUGAACACUAUGCCUUACAAUCAUCCCGAUCGGUCAAGACACCAACACGAUAUUGGGAUUAAGCUUGCUCGCAAAUUUACCAUCACCAACAUUAUGAAAGAUCUCGACGAUGGAAUCCAGUCACUGAGAGAAGCAGUAGACGGCACACCGAAAUCGCAUCCUUAUAGAGCUGUUUUUCUGCAUAGCCUUGCAAAUGCUUUGAUACAAAAAGGCUCUGAAACAUUUGAUGGUGAUGGUGUUGAUGAGUGGAUAUCCGUUGCGAAGGAAGCAUUGGAGGCUACACCGGAAUCUCACCCAGAUCGAGGAGAGUUACUCUACGGUUUAGGUCUUGGUCUUCUGGCAGCUCACGCAACGGGCAAGACUCUAACUGGCAUCGACGAAGCCAUACCUUGUUUCGAAGAAGCUAUCAAGCAGUCGAACGCCCCUCCACUUUGCCGUAUCCAGGCCUGCAUGUGUCUGCUGCCAAUAUGCCACGACAGACAGCGAAGUCUAGAUGCUGCAAAACUUGUGGUGGGGCUCAUUCCACGUAUCAUACCACGGCAGCAAGACAACUCCGAUCGUCAGAGUUCUCUCGCUGAACUGGCUGGCUUUACAUCGAACGCGGUCGCUGUUGCUAUACAGGCUGGACAAGUGGUAGAUGCCCUGGAGCUCCUUGAACAGGGUCAAGGUUUACUCGGAGCAUCCGCAGAGCAAAUGCAGACGGAUAUCGUGGACCUAGAAAAGGUGCAUCCAGAAUAUGCAGCCGAGUUCGACCGUCUUCGGAAGGAGAUCAAUCGCCCACUUGACUCCGACAUCUCUGCAACCCAGAGUACUGGGAUGAGAGAAGGACUGGCGCUACGACUCUAUGAUGCUGGAAAGGAGUUUGAUGAACUAGUCGAGAAGAUUCGCAAAUUACCAAACUUCAAUACCUUUUUACAGACACCAGGACUUGAUGAAAUGCAGGACAUAACAGAUCGGGGGCCGGUUAUCAUCAUCAACGUCGGCAUUAUAUGUUGCGAUGCUAUCAUCAUCAUGAUCGACAGGAUUUAUACAGUGCCAUUACUUGAUUUGAGUAGAGCCGACAUCGAAGAGAAAGUCUUGGGCGGAGAAAGGGGUAGUCCGGAUGUCCUCGAAUGGCUGUGGGACACUAUUGUCUGUCCUGUAUUAGACAGAAUUGGCUUUUCAGAGACUCCGACAGGUGACAACUGGCCGCAUGUUUGGUGGAUCCCUACUGGCCUUCUGAAACAAUUCCCAUUACAUGCAGCUGGAUAUCAUAGGAAGAGAACAAAGGAGACGACACUUGACAGGGUUGUUUCGUCCUAUGCAUCGUCAGUCAAGGCUAUGAUACAAGCUCGAAAGCGACGGACAGCAACCCGAGAAACAAGCAAGGUAGUGCUUGUGGCUAUGGAGACUACACCAACGCUAUCACGUUUGGCAUUUGCUAACCAGGAAUUGGAAGUGGUCAAAGAUGUUUGUUCGUCGAUUGGACUAGAUGUUGUUGAACCUGAACGACGAAAGGCAGCACUUGUUGAACAACUUCGCCAGUCCAAGUUCUUCCAUUUUGCAGGCCAUGGAUGUACCGACCCCCAAGAUCCCCUGAGGAGUUAUUUAUGUCUCGAGGAUGUCGUGACGAAUCCAUUGCGGGUCGGCGGGCUACUGGACUUGAAUCUAAAGGAUCAGCCACCGUUUCUAGCAUAUUUGUCAGCUUGUGGAACAGGCCGUAUUCAACAGGAGCAAUUCAUGGAUGAAGCCGUCCAUCUUAUCAGUGCUUUCCAACUCGCCGGCUUCCAACAUGUUAUAGGUACUCUAUGGGAGGUCAAUGAUAGAGUUUGCGUUGAUAUAGCCAAGGUAGUGUAUGAAGGUAUCAAGGAUGGUCGGAUGUCAGAUCAAUCUGUGGCUUGGGGGCUUCAUGAGGCUAGCCGUCGGCUGAGGGAUCAGUGGCUGGAGAAGAGGGAGCAAGAAGGGUCUAGCAGAGGUGCGGAUGAUGAUCUGCUCAGUAAUUUAGUUAUCAGAGAACCUGUGGUCCACGGAGUUAGGUGGGAAAGAAGACGAGUUCGGAGUAGAGCAAAGACGAAAGACAUGUCGAGAUCCUUGGGGACAAGGUGGAGGAGAGUCACCACCAAAGCAUCCAGAAGCGUGCGGGUAAGCAAGAAGACCAUGUCCGGGGUCGAGACCAGGGGUCAGAGAUGUUCUAGAGAGGCUUCCUUAGCUAUCCUCCUGCGGCACAAGAUCGAGCCAUCACCAGCAUGGGUUCCAUUCAUUCACUAUGGUAUCUAG